GAGUUCCUCCAAAGUACAAAUACACACAGAGCUCCCAUUGUUUGCAGCCCUUCACAAGCCCACUGAUCCUAAUAUGGAAUUCAGCAGGAAACCCAUGAUUUCCUGACACACAGCAAGCUGGAGAAAGAAAGGAAAAACUCCAUUAAAAACCUCCAGGCUCUCCUCCAUGUUAGAAAUGAGAUGGAAAAUGGAGUGGAUUUAACAGGAAUCCCCGAUUCCUGCGGCCAGGCGGGAGGAAGGCAGACACGAAUCCAAGCCGCAGGCUGCUGAUACUUUUUAAGUUGCAAUAAGUACGGAGAACUGUGGGGCAGGAUGAGGAUUUCCUGACUCGGACGGACAAGAAAGGACAGAUUGCUUUUUCACGAUACUCCUCUCCAUGAAUUUAAUCUAUUCACCUCAAUGAUUCUCUGGACUGCUCUGCCUCGGGAGCAGCAGGAGCAGCGGCAACAGACGCAAGGAUGAGCUGCAAGGCAGAAGGUGACAACUGCACGGAUGGAAGCAGCAACAGCACCAAGAAGAUGUUAAAAUGCGUGGUGGUUGGGGACGGGGCCGUGGGGAAAACCUGUUUGCUGAUGAGCUACGCCAAUGAUGCCUUCCCCGAGGAGUAUGUGCCCACCGUGUUUGAUCACUAUGCAGUAACCGUGACUGUGGGAGGACAACAGCACCUUCUGGGACUGUAUGACACAGCAGGGCAGGAGGACUACAAUCAGCUGAGACCCCUGUCCUACCCCAACACGGAUGUGUUCUUGAUCUGCUUCUCAGUGGUAAACCCUGCCUCGUACCACAACGUCCAAGAGGAGUGGGUACCUGAGCUGAAGGUCUGCAUGCCCAAUGUGCCUUAUGUCCUCAUAGGAACACAGAUUGACCUGCGAGAUGAUCCCAAAACUUUGGCUCGUCUGCUUUACAUGAAGGAGAAACCACUCACCUAUGAGCAUGGCGUGAAGCUGGCGAAGGAGAUUGGAGCACAAUGCUACUUGGAGUGCUCAGCCCUCACACAGAAAGGCCUUAAGACUGUCUUUGAUGAAGCAAUCCUGACCAUCUUCCACCCCAAGAAGAAGAAGAAGCACUGUGCAAAGUGCCACAGAUGCUGCACCAUUCUAUGAAGUCACUUAGAAAGGAAAGUGAGAUGAGUUCAAUGAAACCAAGCAGGUUAGAAAGGCAAUGAAGGUCAUAUACAACUGAAAAGGGGAACAUGACCAGAAAAGGGUCCUUUUUACCUAAAUAGGAACCCUCCUUUCUGUGAAACCUCCAAGCUGUAUCACAAUAGGCCAACUCUUGUCUCUGUGCACUCCAAAACCCUCAGAGUUGUAUGCAGUCUGUUCCCACCACUGCAGACUGUGCUGAGCCAACAGGAACAAGGAUGCCGGCUCCUGCUUGAUUCUUCUUCACCCUAGGAAUAAGAAGGCACUGAGUAGCAAAAAUUAAAAAAAAAAAAAAAAACCUAAAAAAAUAAAGGGAUGAAAGAAACAGAGCAAACUCCAUUUGUGGCCUUAAGCAAGAACUGAUCAAAAUUAAGAAUUUGCAGUACUUAGGAAUUUAAUCUGAACUGACUGAAAGAACGUGGAGAUCUGUAGAAAUCUACUAUGUAAGAUAUACACGAUAGGUAGGAUGUACUUUUGAAUUACUUUUCUUUUAUAAAACUCAUUACUUCAGGAUAUACUUCCGUUUGUUCAAUCUGCAUAGAAGCAAAGGCGGAGCGAUUCCAGUUUGUCUUCACUUAGCGGUGAAACUUCACAGCGUCAGCAUGUUGCUGCACCCAAGCUAUCAAAACAGAUCAACAUUUACCUCCAGACUUAAGGAAUGUUCUAAAACGAAAAGAAAUGCAAGUAGCUCUAUUUGUACAAGGGAAUAUUCAGGCUGAGCCAUGUUUCCGUAAGCUGGAAAAGGAGGAACAGAGUUGUAGUGUUUGUGUAUUGAGACAAAGAUAUUCUGCCACCAAAUAUUGUCCUGGACAUGAAAUACCAGCUUGGAACAAUCACCUUUCCAAACUGAGAACAUGAAAGAGACACAUUGCCAUGGCAACUGAAAAAUUACCUUAUAGAUCAGCUGGAUUUCUACAUCACACCCAGCAGACAAAAAUAGCGAAAGCCAAAAAGCCAAAGGUCACACUGAUCUCAAGUACUUUAGGAUGAUCCAAGUGCCUUAUGAUUUUUUUAGAGUAUCUCAUGUAAAAAUCUUAUCAAAGCAGAAUUAUGAUCAUUGUGAUUUCCUGUGGUCCCCUCCUCUUAUUCAUUACUUUGCUUCACUCUUCCACAGCCUCACUGUGCUAAGACUUAAGACUUAACAGAGUCAUAGUUCUCAGCAGUGGACUCAGAAGAUGGGCUGCAGUCCUUAGCAUGGGAGUGGGAAGACCCUGAGGGAGCACAAGCUGCCCAUAAACUCCCUGUGCUACUGGAAAAAUUGUGCCUUUCCCCUAAAGCCAAUCUGGGAAGCCUGUAUUUCUGUAUCUCACAGCAACACCAAUGCUCAGAGGUGAGUUCAAAGGGCAUCUGCCUUUGGGAACAAUGGCAAUGCCAUGAGGUUGUCUUGUGGAUUUUGUUCCCCAAGCAGAAAAUCAUCAAGGCAGAAAAUACAGAGACCUCUAAUACAACUCCUUGCAACAGCAGAAUCUCUAUCCGGUGUGUUGACUCGAACUAAGCAGCAAACAGAAGAGAACAAUCAUGAUGCAGUGCCCCAUCCUUCACCCAUGGAAGAUGACGGAUCCAAGCUCCUGUUUUCACUCGAGCACAAAUUCUAUUUACCACAGACACUGACAGAAACCAGAUCAGACACAAAACAUUUCCAGUAGAGAUCAAUCAAAACUGGCCAAUCUUGAGGUCAGUGCCACCCACCACCUCUUGUGCUGCACGCAAGCAUGGACAACAGCUAAAAUUAUGCUAAUGAAUAGCUAUACAAAAGAGAGGCUUCUUUACUGCUGGCAAUCAUUGUGCAUAUCUUCUAUCAUGUCCCAGAGAAAUGGAUUGGCUGACACAACACAGCUCGGGGCGAGGAUAGAGCUGAGCUUGGUGAAGGAGCUCAUGUUGUGCCAUAGAAGCUGUGCUGCUGUCCCAGCACUGAGCAUUAAUACAACAGGGACACCAGUAAUCAGCUGAUCUGAGAUGUGUAACAGGGUGUUAGAAGAGCAUGAGGAGAACUAGGAAUGGCCAAAAACCCACUGAAAAAGAAAAGAAGGGUUUCAACUGUAAAAAUAAUGAUAGCUUCACUGUGCUGCUGUUUGCCUCAGUGAAAAUAAAACAGGGUGAUGGCUUUGUGAUUUAGGCUGCGGUAAAGCAUUAGCCUAUAUGCAACUCUGGUUAAAGUAAGUGAAGUCUGCUGUGCUGAAGUGCAAUGGAAACACUCAGUUUGGAGCUGCCAAGUAUUCUCAGAGCUUCGCAAAACAACAAUUCAGACUGACAGCUGAGCUUAUCAUAAAAUAAUGAGCACAGUGGAAAGUGCAAUAUAGCAUUCCCAGCAUGUGUCAGAGAAAGCCACAAUAACCAAAUGAUAUUUUUGCCUGGUAUCAGGGGUGCCUAUUAAUGCUGAUGGGAUGGGACAGACAUAUAAAAUCAUAUAGGAAGUUGUACCAUUAAUGUAAUUGCAGUGGUUUGAGGAAAAAUAACUUACAAAAACCCAUAUCACAGAAUCACAGAAUUAUAGGGGUUGGAAGGGACCUCCAGAGACCAUCAUGACCAACCCCCUGCCAAAGCACGCAAAUAUGGUGAUGAAAAAGAUAAAAUGCUACUAUGCUGAUUUAUUAAAAUGCAGUACCCUGCACAAAUGGUUGCAUAGCACUGAAAGCAGGUAUAUGGAAAAAAUACUACAACUAACCAGGGUUUUAUUUGUAUUUACAACGUCUAUCACAUCAAGUUUGCAAAACGGCCUUCAAGUUUUUCAAGCUAAUUGAGACGUGGCUACCACAGUUCUCAUAAACAUCAGUCCUGUGUUAGGUUAUAUACCCACAUUCAUCCUCACAACGUGGCAUUUUUCAAGGACCUGCCCUGUUACACCGUGGCUUUGGAAAGGAAGGAAUAGAACAGGCCAAUGGGCUCAAAAAGGUGCUGUAGGCAGAUGUAAGCAGACUCACUAUCUGGCAACUCAUGCCUAAUGCCUUUCCUACAAACCAACAGAUGGUACGUGAACAGGCAGCAAAGCUUAUUUUCAGAAAUAUCAAAACACCAGGCACAGUGCAAGCACAUGCGUUAAGGCAACAGAGAGAAAUUUCAAGUUAUUUUCAAGCGCCAUUAGUAACGAGAAAAGAAAAUCAAUAUGUGACUGCCAGCUGAACAGAGAGAGUGUUUUUCACUGUUAGAUUAACUGGAAAUCAAAUAUGGACUUCACCUUCAAAGGAAUGAGAGUAGGAUAGUCCUAAAGGCUAUGAACUAUCCCGGGAACCUAUCUGAGCAUGUUGUUUUAAUGCAACCAAUGUCAAAGCCCUUCCUGACAGCUGCCUGUGCUAACAGUCUGAUAACAUUUCAUCACAGCUCAACAGAAAUCUGCUAGAUCUGAGAAAACGCAUCUUCUUUGGCCUCUUCUGAAGUUCUACUGGGAGUUGUUAACUUGAAUUUCUCUGACAAAGAAGAAUGUGGAAACAAAGCUCCAAUCCCAACAAGGAGCAAUUUGUUCCACCAGGCCCAAGAGCCACAAUAUUGUGAGCAGCUCUCAAUCUGAGCUCCCCCUGCUGUCCUGUAUACAAUACCUACCAUCACAGGGAUGUGUGGCUCAUGAAGAGCAACCAAUUUCAUCAAUCCAAGGAAUAAAAAGCUUACUAUAGAAUCAUAAAAAUCAUUAAAGUCAGAAAAGAGCACUAAGAUAAUCUAGUCUAACCAUCAACUCAUUGCGAAUCUUUUAUAUCUCAUGCUGCUUUGAAUUAGGCCCAAUUAGUGCCAAAGACAUUACAUGGAUCAUUCCCUUAACUUCCACUGGACCUGACACUCAUCUUCUACUUCAGCAUACUGGGAGAGUAACACAAAGGAUCAGUGUAGCUGAGAAAGGAAGCUCCUCUUGCUAAGUGGGAACUACAGAAUUUACGCCACAUCCAGCAGCACCACUGAAACAAUCAUUCGGCAGCCGUCAUUGAUAUUUUACACAUUUCUCCCCUUUUAAAGCACUGCUUCAGCUCAAAACAAACACAGCUGUCAAGAUCUCACCCAAGAUACUACCUCAAGACUCCAGAGACCCAAUUUGAAAGGCCUUUACAGGAGCUUGGAAAAGGUUAUAGAAGUUCUUGCAAACAGCUUUUGCCGCUGUCUCCCAUCAUCACAACCAGCACUGCAUACAGCAAGUGACACAGUGGCCAAUUACACGCAGUGUGUGUGUCUAGAAGAUGUACUUUCACCAUAUGAGCUGGCACUUCCAUCAGUAAUCGUCCUUCUAAUAAAAUACGAAAGAUGCCCAUUUGCUCACAUAGCUUACUGGUAGUCCGUGACCUUUUCUUCAGCUUCUUUUUCCCCAGUGGCACAGCAAAUACCUCCUGACUCACUGUACCAAAACCCAUCUGGAUUAAAAAUAAAUUGCAAUGGCGUCAAGCUGCCUCAAGGCAGCCUGGUCUGAACCACAAGCACAAAUGGAGAAGGCACAUUUGCCUUUCCUACCAAAGCAACGCAACAUAUGCUCCUAUUAGCCCAGGGACAAUCUGUUCUAUGAGCAGGUUGAAUGCAGAAAUCUGGCUGCACAUGCAUUGCUCCCCAUAUUUUCUCUUGUUUGUUUGUUUUUUUGCCUGAAGAAUAUGUGCAAUUUGUUUUGUCUUGCUUAAAACAUAUUAUCUAUAAAUAACAGAACAUUUUCUGGGUCUACAUCUGUACAGGAGCAGAGGGGUAUUUGCUGUGACAAGAGGUGAGCGUGGACCAAUCUCUGUCAGAUAAACUCCAGACACAUUUGUGCUUUAAGUAGAGAUAACUCAGCUAUAAAUGCCUGCUUUCCUCUUGGUGAACAGAGACCCUGUGAGGGCAGGAAAAAGCCUCCCACCAAUUUCAGUAGUGGCUGAUGAUCCCAGCUCUGUUCACCUAAUGAAACAAAAACACAAGUACAAACAUUUUUGAAUGAAAAAGCUUGGAUAAAAAAUAUUGAUUAAAAGGAAUGAAUGCAACAGAAGAACAGCACCUUAUCUUCUGCUCUAUUGGAGAGCUGCAAAAUCAGGACCCAGAGCCACAUUACGAUGAAAUUUCACUUCAAGAUGCAAAGUUGAUGCCCAUAAUUAGGAUGUUUUUUGAAAUUAUUAUCAUUAUUUUCUUUCUACUUUCUUCAGUUAAAGCUUUCAGAAAUCUGUGAUAUAUUUUUUUCCUGGGUAGUUCCAGGAAGCCCAGCCUCAAAUAAGAGUCAGAAACUCUUCACAAGAGCCAAAUCAACUCACAAGACCAUCUAUCACAGGGCAACAAGCAAAAACUCGUAUGAAGCGCUGUCAAUGGUGAAAAAUCCCUUUGACUUUGAAAAUACUAUUAACAGAAAUAACACUGAGCAUGAUUACCCCACCCUUCCAGAACCAUAAUGCGGUGUUUGGCUGCUUCUUCCAAUUUCAGGAUGGGAUUUUCAAAGAUGCAAUGUUUGGGCUUCAUUUCAGUUCUUGUGAGGACAGUGGAAGAUCUCAAUGGGCUCCACAUAUGAUAAACAUGGAAAGCAUUUGAUUCUCUUUGCAUUUCCUCUUUUUUUGUGUGUGACUGACGAAGCCUUGAACACACAGAUAUACCGAACCAGAUCCAAGAAUCUAUUGUACCUCAUGGCUGCUGUUUGCUUACUCUCUAAAGAAAUCAGGCAUCUGGAGACUUUGCUGAUUCGAUCUUCAGCUCAAGCUUUGGAGAUGAGAUUGGUAACUUCCAUUUUCAACUAACACUGAGGCUGAAGGUGAAAAUGAUCACGUUAACAGGAUAAUAUCAAGACAAACAGGUUUGUUUGCUGAGUUUGACACUGCACACACUGCUGUCAUUAGAUUUCAUUUCAUCCCAGUGGAAGGGUAGCAUUCACGAUGCCAGAUUGAAUUUUGGAUUGGUUUGGAUGAUCAGAUUGAGCUCUCCCUGAUAUCAUCGCUGGCAAAUUUUGACUUUGAUCAGAGGUUAAUGAAUUCACAGCAAACAAUUGCCACAAAUCUACAGUUCUCAGAUCCUCCAGCACAACCGUUAUUUGUACUGACAGAGUAUAGAAAUUGUUGUCUGAUAUCUGUCAGAGUAAUUUGGGUGUAAGCCAUAUCCACACUGUGACUGUCAUACCGACUCUCCCAACACACUUGCCCAAAGGAGGCAGCUGCUCUACCAAGCGUUACUGAACUGGCAGGAUGUGGAACUGUCUUGCCAAUAUGGAGUAAAUGAGCCCAAACUUUCAACAAACUUGUAAAUAUUAAUUCAUCAACAGGCUCUAACAUAAAGCUGCCAAAGCCUAAUUCAAAGCAAUGCCAGGUUGCCAGGUGGGAAGGCACAAGACAGCAUGACCCACAGACAGGGCUUGGUGGUAACCCUGUGGAGUCACACUGGGACCCCUGGAGCUCAGCAGCACCUUGUGACUGGGAGAGCUUCCAAGAGGAAGGCUGCAGAGAGGAGGAGCAGGGAGACAGACCUGGACUGCCCUCAAGUGCAAGGAUACCUGAAACCAGUUGAACCUGUUAUGAUGUUGAUGCACUUGUAUAGGCAUUUCACUGCAAAGAGAUUCCCUGCUUCCCUGAGAAUUCCUUUCCUUUUGCAUAACACUUCUGCAAUAGAGUACCAGUGCAACAAUUUAUUCACAAUGAGUUCGAUUGUGAAGCAAAUGCAAUGACUUCAUCCCAAAUCAGGACCUAACGCAGCACCCAUCAGCUGUUAGCACAUUAAUUUACUUGAUGUGAGCAAAAUAAUUUUUCUCUUACAAGUUGCUAUGUGCAAUAUCUCUGGAGUAUAGGGGUGGUAAAACCAAAGAACAAGUACUAGAAAGCUACAUUUGGCUUCUGAGUGAUGUUAUGGCUUUUCAAAGAUGAACCAAAUCUUCAAAAUUCAACUCAAAGCAAUAAAAUUUCAGACCAGGGAAAAUCAAUUUUCCAGGAAUUCUUUUGCAUAUUUUAAAAGCCAUGUAAACAGUAUUAGUUUCCUAUUUACAGCACGAUUCUGUACUCUUUAGCUUAUCCUCUUUUAAACAUGUAAUUAUUGUAUAUUGUAACUGCACAUUAAUAUCCUCUAUUGUACAUAGUUUAUUUUAACAAAAUAAAAGUAUUACUAAGUAUUUUGACAGCA